AUGGUACUCUCUGAGCUGGCCGUGCGCCUCAACUGCGCCGAGUAUAAGAACUGGGUGAAGGCGGGCCACUGUCUGUUGCUCCUGCGUGGCUGUUUGCAGGGCUUCGUCGGCCGCGAGGUGCUCGCCUUCCACAGCAGGCUGCUCGUCGCCGCCCCCGGCCUGGGCCCCCGCGCCGCCUGCAGCGGCGGCUGGCGGUGCAGCCCUCGCGCCCGCCAGUUUCAGCCUCAGUGUCAGGUGUGCGCAGAGUGGAAACGGGAGAUUUUGAAACAUCACACCAACAGAAAUGGAGACGUCCACUGGGGAAACUGCCGCCCGGCCCUCUGGCCGGUCGACGCCUGGGAGGUGGCCAAGGCCUUCAUGCCCCGAGGACAGGCAGACAAAACAGGACCUGAGGAAUGUGACGCGGUUGCUCUUCUGAAUCUCAUCAACUCCUGUGAUCACUUCGUGGUUGAUCGAAGAAAAGUCACAGAGGUGAUUAAGUGUCGUAACGAGAUCAUGCACUCUUCAGAGAUGAAAGUAUCUUCUGUAUGGCUACGAGAUUUUCAGAUGAAGAUCCAAAAUUUUCUAAAUGAAUUCAAGAAUAUCCCGGAGAUUGUGGCGGUAUACUCCCAAAUAGAACAGCUGUUGACAUCUGACUGGGCUGUUUACAUCCCUGAGGAAGAUCAGCGAGAUGGGUGUGACACAGGAGUUUACCUGAGUGAGAGCCAAGUAAACGAGAUAGAAAUGGAAUUACUAAAGGAAAAACUUCAAGAGCUCUAUCUUCAAGUAAAAGAACAAGAGGUGUUGCCUGAAGAGAUCUUAAACCAACUGGAAGUGGUAAAAGAAUUUCUAAGAAACAAUGAGGAUCUUAGAAAUGGUCUGACAGAAGAUAUGCAGAAGCUAGACAGCCUCUGUCAACAGCAUCUAAAACCAGAUUCAAAGGAACCUGGGGUACAGACACCUGAAGGGAAGGCCUGA